CAGCAGUCACAUGGCAUAAUGACGUCACCGCUGCGUCGCGGAGCCAGCUUCUAUAAGAGGCUACCCGGAAGUGUCAGUUCGCCGACUUGUCCCUCAGUAAGGUUUUAUCAGCAUAUUUUAUGACCCUCUGAUAGGUAGCAACGGCUCCAGAAUGCAAGGGAUUACUCUUUGCUCCAUUAAGACCUCUGCAUAUCCUGUUUGUCGGUAUUUUAACAGAACUGUUGUGUCGUUGGUAAAACCUGCACAGAGUCUUGGUGCUGUGUCAGAAAGCUGCAUAUGGAAGACAAACUCUUUCCUUAAGUUAUUCAGGAAGAGACUAUGUAUUUCAGCUGUGGCACAUCAAGAUGCAGACAAUCUAACAGAGAAAGAGAAAAGACUUUUGAGCAACUUAUACACUGGUUUAAUCAGUGGUCAGCGAGCUUGCUUGGCAGAAGCCAUUACUCUAGUAGAAUCCACCCACAUUCGGAAGAGGGAGAUGGCUCAGGUGCUGCUUCAGAGGGUUCUGUCCCACCACCGAGAACAGGAAACAUUAAACAGUGGAGAACCUCUUGCAUUUAGAGUUGGAUUAUCUGGGCCCCCUGGUGCUGGAAAGUCCACUUUCAUUGAAUUUUUUGGGAAAACGCUAACAGACGAGGGUCAUAAAGUCGCAGUAUUAGCUGUUGAUCCAUCAUCCAGUACUAGUGGAGGUUCUCUCCUUGGUGAUAAAACCCGAAUGACAGAGCUGUCCAGAGACAUGAAUGCAUACAUUAGGCCAUCUCCUACCAGAGGAACAUUAGGAGGCGUCACCAGGACCACAAAUGAAGCUAUUGUGCUCUGUGAAGGCAGUGGCUACAAUAUUAUUCUUGUAGAGACCGUAGGCGUGGGACAGUCGGAAUUUGCUGUGGCUGACAUGGUUGAUAUGUUUGUUUUGCUAUUGCCACCAGCUGGAGGAGAUGAGCUGCAGGGCAUCAAACGCGGUAUUGUUGAAAUGGCAGACUUGGUGGCUAUAACAAAAGCUGAUGGAGAUCUUCUUAUCCCAGCUCGGAAAAUUCAGACUGAAUAUGUGAGCGCCUUGAAGUUAUUACGAAAACGUUCCAGGACAUGGAAUCCUCAGGUUAUGCGCAUCUCUGCUAAAACUGGAGAGGGUAUCCAAGACCUCUGGAAAAAGAUGCUGGAAUUUCAAAACAGCAUGCUCACGAGCGGAGAGCUGAUUACCAAGCGUAGGAGCCAGCAACGGGUGUGGAUGUGGAAUCUGAUACAAGAAAAUGUGCUUCUGCAUUUCAGGAACCAUCCAGCAGUUAAACAUCAGAUCCCUAUAUUAGAAGAAAGAGUACGUACUGGAACUUUGUCACCAGGACUUGCUGCGGACAUGCUGCUCAAUGCUUUUUCAAAAAGCAGCUAACGUUUGCUCCAUGUGUAUAGUAAUUUGUAUAUGGAAAAAAAAAAAGAUUUCUGUAUUUACCUCCAUGGCCAGUAAUGGAACAAUCUGGUUUUUAAUAAAAUAUUUAAAAAAUCCAGAAUUAUCUGA